AACAGAAUUGAAAGUUGUUCUAAUUCUUAAUCCGGUUUACAUGAUCGUGACGUGGGGUUUUAAUUUAUAUUCAUUAAGAUUGUUUAUUAGUUUAACACUUUAAUUGCUGGUACAAUCAUCUUUUAAUCUGGAGACAAUUAACAUUACAAUUAAAUCUUACCAACAACAAGGAGAAACCAAAUUGCCAACAAGAGUUAGUGAUUUCUACAGGCUUUCGUUAUUGUUUUCCUUUUGUUGGAGAACAUUGUGUUUAAUUAGGAAUUAACAUUGAUUAGAAUUGUAAUUUUAGUGAUUAAUUACGAGUCUCAUGUAAUCCAAUCACCACUUAUGUUAAUCUUUCUAUUCCAUCUUAUUUUCUUUGUUUGAAUUUCUCUUUCUGUCCAUUCUUACAACUCUAAUGUUUACCGUUUAGUGUUUGGUAUCAAGUGAACUUGUUUUCUCUCUCUCUCUGUUUUUCAUUCUAUCAUUUAGUUGAUUGUUAUUCUAUAUUAGAUUUGAUUUUUUUCUCUCUUUCUCUAAUCAACAAUGUCUGAUGAACCUGCUACAUUACCCUUUUCUCCGGACCUUCAUGUUGAACCUGAGCAAUCAUCAGAUCAUGACGAUAGAGGAAAAUCAAAAGGCCCAAAGAAAAAUGGUGACGCUGAGAAUGAAAGUAUUGGAACCGAUUCUUCCGAAAAUGAAUAUGAUUUUACCACCGCUUAUUUAGCCCCUCCAACUGUUCCUAAGGAACUAAAAUUACCUGAAACUGUUACAGUUCUUGAAGGACCUCAUGGAAGUAAAGUUUACCUCAUUGGAACCGCUCAUUUCAGUGAAAAGAGUUGGCAAGACGUUGAACAGGUUAUUCGUCAAGUUAAACCUAAUGUUGUCGUAUUGGAAUUGUGUAAAAGUCGAUUAUUUAUAUUGGAACAUGAUGAGAAGACUAUGCUUGAAGAAGCUAAAAACAUGGGAUUAGCCAAGAUACGAAAAAGUAUUUCAGAAUUCGGAUUCGUCCAAGGUAUUAUUUCAGCUCUUUUACUCAGUCUAUCGGCUAAAUUGGCUGAAGAACAUGGUCUUUUCCCAGGAGGAGAAUUCAGAGUUGCUUUUCGUGAGGCUCGACAACUUCCUGGUUGUGUAGUACAUUUAGGUGAUCGACCAGUUUACAUAACAUUAACUCGGGGCAUAUCAUCACUUAAUUUGUGGCAGAAAAUUAAGUUAACAUAUUCUAUCCUAUUUGAUAAUCCAUCAUUAACCAAAGAGGAGAUCGAAAAAUGCAAAGAAAAAGAUAUUUUAGAUAAAAUGUUACACGAUAUGGCCGAAGAAUACCCGACAUUGAGUGAAGUUUUCGUCAGUGAACGUAACACCUAUUUAACGUAUUCCCUUCAAUUAGCAGCCUCACCAAUUCCUUGUAGUCAAACGAAAAAAUUAAAACCAUCGAUAGUUGUUGGAGUUGUCGGUAUUGGACAUGUACCAGGAAUCGUCGAGUGCUGGGGAAAAGUUACCGAUUCAGAUAUUCCACCUUUAUUAUCAAUUCCUGAAAAAUCAUUAACCUCAAAAAUCGUUGCCAAGACCGUCAAGAUUUCCGUUUACAGUGCCAUAGUUUGGGCUGGAUAUCGUUACCUUGCACCAAAAUCUUUCUCUAAUUUCAUCUAUUCCAUACCGGAUCGAAUACAGAAUAUUUUCAUCAAUCCUUAAUUACGAUUAUCGAUAAUGUUUGGUCUAUAUUACAUCGAAGAUGAUUAGUCAAAUCAAUCGCAAUUAGCACCAACAAUCUAACUUCGUCCGUAAAGAAAUGCUGAUGAGCUUCUUUCUCUCCCUCUCUCACACACAUACACAAACAUUGGAACCAAAUCAAUAGAUUCACCAAUUCUAGAAUUUUUUUAAACACAAAACUGAUUGUUUGUCAAAUGAUUUACUGAUAUGAUAAAACUGUAAGAUGACAAAAUCAACCUAAUGGAAACAAAAACCUUUACAUAUAAACAAUUACAAAAGUAAAUGAAUUUAUAUCAA